GACAGCGUGGAUAGUGCUCGGCAGUUGUGAACUCUAAGUGGUUGGUGGUGGUUGGGUUGGUUGGUUGGCGUUGUGUGCGCGGUGCCGGUGGAUGAGUGUUGGUUAAAGUCGUCGACGGUCAAGACGUCGCACGCCGCUCAGAAUGGGUCCGGUGUUUUGUGUUGCCUACAUCGUGCUGUUGUUCGCGUAUGCGGGCGCGAACGUGGAUGCGGACUUGCGGCGAACGAAGGACGGCAGCCUGGUCGAGCAGCUGAACGAAGAUAACUGGGAUCUCAUGCUCAUGGGAGAAUGGAUGGUUGAAUUCUAUGCACCAUGGUGUCCUGCUUGUAAAGCACUCGAACCAAUCUGGGAGGAUCUUGCAGUAGCAAAGAAGGAUCUAAAUAUCAAUGUUGGAAAGAUAGAUGUGACAGACUCACCAGGUCUUAGUGGUAGAUUUUUAGUCACAGCUUUGCCUACAAUAUAUCAUGUAAAAGAUGGAAUAUUUAGGCAAUAUAAAAGCCCAAGAGAUAGAACCUCAUUGAUUGAAUUUAUAUCUAAAAAGACAUGGACGAAAGUAGAUCCAAUAUCUAAUUGGAAGAGUCCAACCUCAUUCUACAUGGCAUGUUUAAGUCAUUUUUUUAAACUAUCUCAAGUACUACGUAACAUCCACAAUCAACUUUUGGAAGAUGUUGGAGUACCUGUUUGGGGUAGUUACUUAAUUUUUGCUGUUGCAACAGUGGUUCUGGGUACAAUAUUAGGAUUGUUUAUUGUGUGCUUCAUUGACUUCCUGUUUCCACACAAACCGGCAAGAACACAGCAACAAGGCAAGAAGAAACAGGCUGGUGCAACGGAUGGUACUCCUCAGGAAAAAAAUUCAGAUGAUGAAAUUGCAGAAAACAUUGGGGACGAUUUAAUUGAUGAGGAGGAGUCUGAAGGAGAAGAACCUGAAGCAAAGGAAUCUGAAGGAAAGGAAUCUGAAGCAAAAGAAGUUGAAGCGAGUGAGAAAGAUAAAGAUACUAAAGCUGACACCAGUAGUCCUAAUGUUCGUAAUAAGCGUAAGCCACGCAAAGCUGACUAGAAAUAUUAAUUCAUUUAAUGUAAAUAUUCAGCAAAUCUGAAUUGUGGCUAACCCUUGGUUGUAUAUUUCCGAAGUCAUUCCUGUGCGUCAGUACGAUAUGAUACUGUUGUAUGUCAAAAUAUGGAUAAGUAAUAUGAAUUCGCCAAGGAAAUGAUUCGAAGAAACGGUUGUGUCUGCCGUCUCUUGUAUGUUUAAAAAUUUCAGUGAAAGAACAUUUUAGAAGAUCAUUGUAAACAUUUUCUUAUCCAUAAAUACAUUUUGAAAAUUUGAAAAUGGAUACCUCAGGUAUUAUUCAGUAAAACUUUAGGAUCUUGCAGGCGUUCUUGCUGUCGAAUGUUCUCAGGGCUUAAUUCUCUCGUUGAAGCAAUGAGAAAAUAUAAACAUAUGUUGGAAAGACCUUUUCAAGAUCAGUAACAGAUAUUUAAUAGAAUAUAUAGCAAGUCGUUUAUUAGAUGAUAGAAAUCUGAGAGAUCUUUGAAAUGGUUAAUAAAUGUUUUGAUUUUUUAUGAAGCAAUUACUUUUCUUUAUAUUUAUUUUCUAUAAAAUGUUUGAGACUGCAAAUAAGGCUUAUAAAUUGAAAUAUUUCUAACAACUUUUUUUAGAGAGAAAUAAGUCUAAAAAAAUACUUGAUAUUAUUUUUCAAAUAACUUGCAUUACAUAAAAUAAAGAGAUAAUGUUGAAGUGAUGUUUAUAUGAUAAUAUCACAUUUAAAUAUCUAAUAUUUAGCAAUCGGGAAAAGAAUUAUAAUAGCGUUUAUUAAUUUCUUUAACAUAACAUGUUAUGAGAGCAUUUAUAAAGCUAUUGAUUAAUUCUAGUUGAUAUAUAAACAUAAAAGUAUUACUGUAUUAAAUUCUGAAUUUGUAUUAAAUUUUUUUUUGACCAUAUUUUUGAAUGAAAUGUUUUAAAAUAGUAAGGAAUUAAUUGAGAACUACUUAAGAAUAAUCAUUACUUUUAUAGAGCUUAUAUAUGCACACAUAUUUUUCAAGUUUAAAUAUAUACAGUUAUAUAUAAUAUUUCGCAAGUAUAGUCAUUUAUCACAUAAUUACGCAUUUAUUUAUAUAAAAAGAAAAAAUCAUAAGUCUUCAUAAAAACUGACACUCUAACUAAUAUUAAUAUAAUAUAUUAAUAGUUGAUGUUUAUUGUUAUCAGUAAUUAGGAACUACUGGUGAUUGCAUGUAUGAUUUUUUAGCAGUUUUUGUGUGAUUACACAAUUAGUGUUUGUAUUUCGUGUGUAUGUGUGUGUGUAUGUAUAUAUAUAUAUAUAUAUAUAUAUAUAUAUAUAUAUGUAUAUAUAAUAUAAAAUACAUUACAUAUUGAUUUUUCUAUGAAUCUAAUUUUUUCUUGUUUUUAAAACACUAACAAUUUCUCAAUGAUCUAUACAAUUUAAUUAGCAUAGAAAGUGCUAUGGCGAACAGUACUAUGUUUUACAAUGAUACUUAAAUUGCAUUUUUUAGAGGCCUAUUUGAGCUUGCUACAUUCAAAUUUAUUUUUGCUGACAUUUAUAUAAUAUAAAAAAAGGAUUAUAGCCUUUAAUUAGGAAGAAUGUGAUUACACUCAAGAAGCUUUUCCACUUUAUUGCAAGUAUCUAUAUACGAGUAUGUUAUUAUACUUGAAAUAUUUAAUAAGUGAAACCUUUAAUCUUAAAAGAGUAUGAUCAUCAAAUAUUGUUUACAUUUUAAUUUUUCGCGUGCGCGCGCGUGUGUGUGGGUAUGAUACAAUUUACUACAAUUUAAAAUACAACAAUAAUUUUUGUUUUUACCAUACUGCGUCUUCCGUAUAUUAUUUUCAAAAAGUAAAAUUAAUAUUUCCAUAACAAUGAUUAUAAUUACACACACAAUAUAAGUUCCAUUAUUCUGUAUUAAUAUAUAGAACUUUUACUAUUUUGCUGUUUUAUAUUAAAGUCAACUUUUCUGCUUUAUUAAUACACAGUUUAUAUAUUAGACUUUGAAUUCUUUUGUGAAUAAAAAUAGGGGUGUUUUCAAUUAUGCUAAUAUCAACAAAGAAGUAGUAUGAAGCUAAUAAAAUCUGUAAUAUUUACUGCCUGAUCAAAUUUUAAUAAACAUUUUAAAUCAAUGA